AUGAAUGCCAUCGAGAAGUUAGACAAAAUCUUACGACGUUUGAGCAGUAAAAAUCGUCGUGGUAGCACAAGAAGUAUUCUUCGCUCUUCAGACAUUUCCGGUUUGUGUAGGCAUGAGGAUAAUUUCGGAAAGCAACAAGUAGAAACUUCGAACAAUGGUUGGAAAACUAAAGACGAUUCUCGAGGACAUUUUAAAUCUAUUGUGACGGCUAUUCAAAAUAUCGAAAUGAAAACAAAGACGAAGCUAUCCUCAGUGAGUGAGAAAUAUUUCUGCUUGUUAACAGAAGAACAAACAAAGAAGGCAGUGCAGCGGAAAAAUGAGUUUCAUGAAGUCCAGGGAGAGGUACAAACUGAGUAUUGCAAGAUUUCAAAGGAUAGAAUGUUAUGCUGUGACAAAUACCAAACGUCUGCUACACGAAUGUUGUUACCAUCACUCCCAUUAGUCACCGAUGAUUUGCUAGCAGAAAUUACGACGACCGUUGACGACAAAUCACGCCAAUCGCAGAAAACUACUGAGAAUAUUUCUGAUUAUUCUGUGUCUGAAAUGCAGGAUGACGCAGUACGAAAAGUCACCUACGAUAUGGAGAUGUAUGAAUCACUACCAUCAUCAUGCAGACGUGAAAGUAGCUACUUAUCAGGAGCUGACGUGCGUCACUGUUUAUCAACAACGGAACCCUCAACAUUGUCAUCACUGUCGUCUUUUGGAAUGGUAUUCUCUGGAGCUCAACCUCGCUUUCAUAGAACAGUUGAAACGAUUAUGAAGCACUCCUUUGAUGUUGAAAUGCAAAAAAAAAACAAAAAUAGCUUGAAGGUGAUUGCUGUCCCUCGACAGUUUGACCUUGCAGAAAAUGCGAAGUUUGAAGAUAGAGAAGUUCAAGUCCUAGAUUAUGGAAGUACUGCACAGCUACUUCAAGAUAGUAUAAUAGCUACUAAAUACAUCACUACAGUUUUUGAGUUUUCAUCAGGUGGUAUUCCUGAUUUAAUUGAUGACGUUCUUAAUGAAUUCAAUUUGUGGUUUCAAGAAGAGACAGGUCUGCUAGGCAUUGCUUGCGAAGUGCAAUGGUCCGUACCUGAAAAGCACCGUCAUCUUACUUCCGAAAUAAGAAUGAAAGAAGCCCUUCAUCACUCUCUUCGACUGAAUAAUCGCCGUGUACUAAAUAUGAAAAGUAAAAGUGGUUACUAUCGUCUGCCGUUAACAAUGAUUUCUGCUGUGACAGAAGAAAACUGUUCUCGUGAUUGUCAGUUUCACUGCUUUCAAGGUGUUUACCGCCGUUUCUACACGUCCCUGUUAUCAUAUCAGCAUACAGAUACAAGUUUAUGGCAUAGACCAUAUUGGAAUUUAUGUGGCAUCAAUCAAACAAAUUCACCAAAACCGAAUCCAACCCAAUUCGUUUUUGGACGAGAGUGUACUAAGCUUGACAGUGGUAGCUUGGUAGCCAUCAAUGUUGUUGCAUUAAAAAUAACUCUAUAA